CUGUUUGCACUCUGCUGUGUGCAAAAGAUUGCAAUAUUUUUCUUUAUUGCGUCGUCAAAUCAACGAGUUGCAUCAUCAUCACUAUUACCCUCUUUUUAUUUUCCUUUAUAAUAAGGGCUCUCUGCAUAGCAAACUGCAUAAAAAAAUGAUACCUUCAUCUACUUCGCAGCAGAGAUCACCGAUCGUUCUUCCGAAUAGGCUCGAAACCGUUUUGGAGAAGAUCUACAGCAAACACAAAUGUCCUCCCAUAAACGACGAGUCAAGGCAGAGGCUUUCUUCGAUUCCAGAGGAGUUAGCUUUCGAUUUGCUCAGGACAGCUUUUAAUUCUCCUCCGGAGAUGUCCAGCCUCGGCCGAUUCAUCGCUUCUAAGCUUGCCGUAACUGUUACAAGCUCUCAAGAGUUAUCUGCUGAUUCUUUGAGAAUACAAAGCUAUGAUGAAUCUCUGCACAUUAGUCCACAGCUCUUGGCUCUGAGUGAGCUUGAGUUUAAAAAGGCCUUUCUGCUGCUUAGCUACAUUCCUGGGAAAGAUCUGGGUGAAGUUGAAAUAACUGCUGAAGAGAUCAGAGGAUGGAAGGAUUUGUCUAUGGUUGCUUAUGAAACUGCGGUUUGGGAAAGCUUGGGAAAGGAUUAUUGUUCCCCAACAGACCGUAGAAUGUCACUCGGUUGGGAAGAUAGUGCCAAGGGCAAUCUUUAUCAGUGUCAUGUCGCUUCAGACGGGAGUUACACGUUCAAGGGGCCUCUUCUUCAACCCACUGGAACACACUUGCACAAGGUCUUGGGUGAUGAUAAUGUUUUGACGGUCACAUUUGAGGAUCUCCAGAAACAUUUCUUAACUUGUAGUAAUGACCCUUACUCUGCAUACAAUAGAAUCGCCAAGAAUGGUAUCAUGGUCGGUUUACGCCGUUAUCAGUUUUUUGUUUUCAAAGAUGGUGGAAAAGGUGAAAAGAAGAUAGACUUUUACACAAAAGGAGUGAAAUGCUACUUCAUACGCACAGACUCCACAUCCGCCAAUGAUAUGGGAACUCCUUACAUCUUUUCUGGCAAGUCAAUUUAUGAAGCUCGCAUGCAUUUUAUGCACGUCCACACAUUGCCAUCUUUGGCUGACUACAUGGCAAGGUUUUCUUUGAUUCUGUCAAAGACUAAGAAGCUUGAAGUUGACAUGACUGGGAUAACCUUCCAGACAAUCGAUGAUAUACACUGCCAUGAUGAGAAUGAUAAAGAUGUUCUGGAUAAGAAUGGGAAACCAUGUAUACAUUCAGAUGGCACUGGCUACAUCUCUGAGGAUCUUGCUCGGAUGUGUCCUUUAAAUGUAUAUAAAGGGAAAUGUCUCAGGAGCGAUAAUGUUCAAACUCCUUCUCAAAACCCGCCUCUUCUGAUCCAGGUUAGGAUGUUUUAUGAUGGCUAUGCUGCUAAGGGAACUUUUCUCUUAAACAAGAAACUUCCUCCUCGUACUGUCCAGGUCAGACCUUCUAUGAUCAAGGUUUCUAAAGAUCCAGCCUUGUCAAAUGUUAGCACUUUUGACUCUCUAGAGGUAGUCAAUACAAGUAAUCCACCAAAGAGAACAAUGUUAUCAAGAAACUUGGUUGCGCUGCUCAGCUAUGGAGGAGUCCCUGAUGAAUUCUUUCUGGAUAUUUUGCUCAAGACGCUGGAAGAGUCCAAAACUAUCUUCAACAACAAACGUGCUGCUCUUAAAGCUGCCCUUAAUUAUGGAGAUAUGGACGAUCAAAACGCUGCACGAAUGAUUUGGGCUGGUAUCCCACUUGACGAACCACACUUGAAGGAUCAACUCUCUAUUUUUUCAAAAAUAGAGAAGAAAGAUCUCAAAGCAGGAAGGCUUCCUGUGAGUGAAUCGUAUUAUCUCAUGGGUACAGUUGAUCCCACCGGAGAGUUGAAGGAAGAUGAAGUCUGUGUCAUCCUCGAGUCUGGCCAAAUCUCAGGGAAUGUGCUAGUUUACAGGAAUCCUGGACUACAUUUUGGGGACAUACAUGUACUUAAGGCUACUCAUGUUAAGGCCUUGGAGGAGUAUGUUGGAAACUCAAAGUAUGGUGUGUUCUUCCCUCAGAAAGGUCGUAGAUCUUUGGCUGAUGAGAUUGCAGGUGGUGACUUUGAUGGCGAUUUGUAUUUCAUAUCUAGAAAUCCAGAGCUACUUGAACACUUCAAACCAAGUGAGCCGUGGGUGCGUUCAACUCUUCCUAAUAACAUUUACUCUGCUAAAAAGCCAAGCCAGAUUUCACCAGAAGAGUUGGAAGAAGAGCUUUUCAAUAUGUACUUGAAGACAAGAUUCCAUGCUAGCAAUGUUGUAGGGAUGGCUGCUGAUAGAUGGUUAACAAUAAUGGACCAGUUCCUCACAGUGGGAGAUGAUAAGGCUGAGGAAAAAGCUGAAAUGAAGAAGCAAAUUUUAAAGAUCAUUGAUAUGUACUAUAAUGCUCUUGAUGCACUUAAGCAAGGUGCUAAGGUCAAUCUCCCAGAGGAGCUGAAGCCUGACUUUUUCCCUCAUUACAUGGAGCGUGAUCAGAAAUUCAAGUCCACUUCUAUUCUUGGAAUGAUCUAUGACUUUGUUAAUUCAUAUACAGCAGAGGAACACAAACCAUCAGCUGAGAUGAGUAAACUCUCUUGUUUCGGAGAUGAGCCGGUCUCUGAUCAUCAUAUGGAGAAAUGUGGACGUUGGUAUGAAAAGUACAGAAAGGAGAUGAGGCAGGCGAUGGGUAACAAAGAUGAAUCAGCCAAUGAAGUUAUCCAGAGAUACAAGCAGGAGUUCUACGGUGCUGCAGCGUUUGAAGAGCUUUAUCCGCAAGCCUUGGCACUUUACAACAUCGUUUACGAUCAUGCAGUCAAAAUGAACAACCCUCGAAACUGUGGGUUUGUGUGGAAGGUUGCAGGACCGGUCCUGUGCAGGUUCUACAUUAAGAAAACGGAGGAAAAUUACUCGGUGUGUCCACUCGGUGUGUUUAAGAAGAUGCUUUUGGGUUGAUCACAAAAAGCACAUGUUAUCUGCCCUGUUUUUGUAAUAUAAAUAAGCCUUUCGUUGUGAUCAUGUAAGAUAAGAAGCGUGUGAGUCAAGUAUCCUACCUUAGUAAAGACCUAUUUGUAUUUGUUCUAAUCUAAUUAAGAAGUGUUGUAAUGCCUUCUGUUAAGUUAGGAUGAAUGUAGAACCUAUUUUCAUGUAUAACGAAGCUUGUAUUAUAUUUUAUAAUGAUUAGCUACCA